AUGUCCUUUACCCCCUCCACCCAGCCUCUCGACCUGAGCGCGCCGAUCUCGCCUCUGCUUGGCGCACAACGCACCCCUCACUCGCCGGCAAUGGGGGCUUCGGGACUGGGUCGUCCAAUUCUCCGCAAGGGUUCGACCGGCAGCUUCUCCAAGCUCGCCGACUUUUGGCUGGAUGGAACGCCCAGCACCGUCCCGGGAACGCCUGCCGAGGCCCUCUCGAUCGUGCAGGGUGUUCCUCACGUCGCUCUCAGUAUCGAUGCGAGCAAGUGGCGCCACCCGAUCUUCAAGCAAAAGGUGCUCGGCAUCCUUCGCCGCCUCAAUGUGCCCCGCUGGACGCACCCCAGCCUCAAGGGCUCGAGCAUUCACCUCCAGAAAGUGUCUGGCGCGCUCACAAAUGCCGUUUUCUUCGUGUCGUUCAACCCGAACCCCGAGCCGACGAGCCCCAGCAUGUCGCCCAUGCUCACGCCCACGAUGCCUCCCAGUGACCCCGAGAACCCGCCUGAUAUGGCCGAGGGCGAUUACCCUCAGACGCUCCUGCUGCGGGUGUACGGCGUGUCGACGGACCAGCUCAUCAGCCGUGACGAGGAGCUGCGUAUCCUGCACGUCCUCAGCGAGACGUACGGUCUUGGUCCUCGUAUGUACGGCACGUUUGCGAACGGGCGCGUUGAGCAGUUCUUCCCCUCGCGCGCGCUCGUGCCGGCCGAGCUCCGCGAGCCUCUUAUCGCUCGCGGUAUCGCCCGCCGCAUGCGCGAGUUACACUCGGCAGACCUACACCUCCUCGGCUACAACGAGGGCCGGGAGACGGAGCCGCAAGUUUGGAAGUGCGUGAAUGACUGGAUCGAGCCUGCGCAGGAGAUCCUCAGCGUCCUAGAGGGCAUUGGCGGCAAGUGGGAGGUGUGGGUCGCCCAGUUUGGCUUGCACAAGUUGCGCGAGGAGCUCGACGCAUACCGUCAGUGGGUGACGGCGCAGCCUGACAAGGGCAAGGGUGUCGUGUUUAGCCACAACGACACACAGUACGGCAACCUGCUACUGCUCGACGCCGAGAUCCCCGCCGGUAUGGCCCCUCACCACAAGUACAUUGUGGUGGAUUUCGAGUACGCGGCCCCCAACUGCCGUGGCUACGACAUUGCCAACCAUUUCCAUGAGUGGCGCGCCAACUACCACGACCCGGUUGCGCCCCACCUCCUCCACGGGCACGGCGACUACCCGACCCUCGAGCAGCGGCAGGACUGGUACCGCGCCUACCUGUCCGUGCAGAUGUCUGUGGGUGAGGAGAAGCUCUGUAAGCGUGCCGAGAUUGCGCAGGAGCGCGUCGAUGCCCUGGAGCGCGAGGUGCGUAUCUGGAGCCCGGCGUGUGCGGCCAUGUGGUGUCUGUGGGGUGUCAUUUCCGCCGAGGAGCAGGUGCGCGCAUACGUCGCCAAUCCCGACUCGAAUGAGGAACUCGAGUUCGACUACCUCGAGUACUCGCUCGAGCGGCGCAGGAUGUUUGUCGACGAGGUAAAGUCGCUCGGCGUGCCGCUGUAA